UUCAUUUGUAUUCAUUUCUUCCACAUCGAAAGCGAAUCGUUUAAUAUUACGAUGCUAUCCUCAUUAUCCCAACUAACAUGAUCCUGCCCGUGGUUAAGACAGCACUAUUAAGGUCAAGCCCAUAAAUGCGCAACAAAAUUUCAGCAAACGGAAUACAUUAUGUCCUAUUAAUACCUAACCGCCAAGUAUUUGAUAAGCUCAUGUUGGUUUGUUUGAAAGGUCGAAAUGAAGUGAAGAGCCGUUGCGCAGUUAAAGAUUAAGCAAAAAUGAAAAUCACUUCAUUGAAAACCACGUCACUGAGCAAAAACAAUUGCAAAAUAUCAGUGGCAACACGGCAUGUGAGCUAGAAAUACUUCAGCAAAGUUGAUCAUCAAUCACCAAAUUGCAAGAUACUGGUUGUAAAAUGACAAAAAAGUUAGGCAGCCGAAGAGCUUGGCAGCGUUAAUGACAUUGCGGAAGAAAAACAUUUGUAGGCGAAAAAGUGCAUAACAAUUAAUUUUGAAAUGUCAAUCAAAGUCACAGGGGCGAAAAAGCGCGCGAAAAAACUAUAGAAAAGCGUGAGACGGUUAGUUGUGGUACCAUUGCAGAAAGAAUGCCCAGAGCAGGAGCGACCGGUAAUUCUACUCGCGAUGCGAGUUACAAGAAGAGGAACACUGGAAGAAAAAAGAAACCAGGAGAAGGAGCUGUUCAAAAGAAAACAAAAAUCCAAAACAAACGUAAAGCACCACAAGCGGGCAACACUGGAAGCAAAAAGAAACAAAGGCGCGCAACGACUCCACAGAACUCUGUGACGGUUAUUCGUGAUACCAUAGAAAGAAUGCUCAGAGCAGGAGCGAAGAAGAACACUGGGAGAAAAAAGAAGCCAGCGGAAGGAGCUGUUCAAAAGAAAACCAAAAUCCAAAAGAAACACUCCAAAGAUGAGCUUUUUGGAAGAGAACUAAUGAAGCCCUUCACAAGGACUGAUGUGUUCCUUAUUCUCAAGUUUCUGGAAUUAUCUACAGUUUGGAAACGUUGCACACCUUUGAUAGACUGUUUUAUUCUUAUUAAGUAAAUGGUUGUAGGUUACUGAUCUUUGUAAGUUUGAGAAAGUUUUCGGUUUAAGAGUACAGUGCAUGAAAUGCUUAGUUUUUGGUUGAGUUUGUUACUUCGAUUGAAUUUGCGGAUUUUUUCAAGUACUCUGCGAUUUUUUACAUUUUUUGGCUUAGCGCUGUUUUAUUUGACUUGAUAAGAAAGCGAUGUAAUGCUUCAGUUACAAAUUCGCUUGUGGAUGGCGCAAAAAUGUAGAGGACUUAGAGGAGAUAGAGGCAAUAAACUUGACAUAGAAAGUGA